UACAAGUUAAUAGUAAAUGUUUUUUAUAGCUAACACAUCAGAAUAAUUUUUCCGAAAAGAACUAACAGUUGUUAGAAUUGAGACAGUAGGAUUUAUGUACAAGCACCUGCGUGCCCAAAAUGAAAGUCGUGUUUAUCACUCUGCUAGUCGGAAUAUUUUACUGUUCUGCUAAUGAUUUGAGAAUUGUGAAGGAACGAAUACGAUACUUAGAGAACAGGGUUAAUUCAGAAUCAAAAUUCAGAAAUGAGGAUUACUCCGAAAUUAUCUACAGAUUGGACGAGAUAGACAAAGUAUUGAAUACAUCACUUGAUAGCAGAGAAAGCAGCUACGGGAAAAUGCCAAAAGAAACAGGCGAAACAAGCUCUAAAGCUUUUGAACAUCUAAAAGAAGACUUUACACGAAUCAGGAAAGCAUUUGGCGAGGAGAAGGCCAAAAUGGCAAGAGUUCGUAGAGAAAUUCCUAUCUUAGGAAAUAAUCUUAAAGCAGUUCAAGAGGAAGUGAAUAACUAUUGUAAAAUAAGUUUAAACAAGACAGACAAGGCAAUAUCGAGAAUAGAAGAAACAAACGAGCUGAUAGUAUCUGAAAUCACUAAGAAACAUAUUACCUUGCUCAAUGAAAUGAUUGAAACUUCCUCACACAGUAAACAGUUGCGAGACAUCGCUAUAAAACUUGAGCAGGUAAAAAAGAAAAACGAUGACAAUGAAAUCAGUAAAAGAGUUGAUGCUUUAGCAGAAAAUAUGGAACGUGUUUACUCGCUGGUGACAGAAUUAUCAACUAACAUUAAGCCCUCAUUAAGACAAAUGUCUUGUAUUGAACUCCUCAAUAACGGGAUCUCACAAAGUGGUACAUAUCAACUACGGAACGGACUCAUGGUUUACUGUGACCAAACUACAGAUGGUGGGGGUUGGAUAGUAUUUCAGAGAAGACUAAAUGGUGAGGUAGAUUUCUAUCGUAACUGGACUGAGUAUAAAAGUGGCUUUGGCGAUCUAAACGGCGAGUUCUGGCUCGGUAAUGAUCAUUUGAGUUUACUGACAGCAGAUGGAGAACAUGAACUUAGAAUAGAGUUGGAAGAUUUUGAUGGAAUCAGAAGAUAUGCCAAGUAUAGCAAGUUUAAGAUAUAUCCAGAAGAAGACAACUAUAAACUGGAGGUGAGUGGAUAUAGUGGAACAUUAUGGGAUGCCCUGGAUUAUCAUAAUGGAAUGAUGUUCUCAACUUUUGACAGAGACAAUGAUAAAACUGCUGUCAAUUGUGCUGCUGAUUAUCAUGGUGCGUGGUGGUAUAAUGCUUGUUACUAUUCAAAUUUGAAUGGAAAUUACAACACAUCUCGUAUUGCGGGUGAUGCGAUAAGGUGGAGAAAAGACACGACGUAUACAUUCUUGACAGCAAAGAAAGUAGAAAUGAAAUUUCGUAAAAUUAACAAUCGUUAAAACUUUCUUGGCUCAAAUAAAAAUCUGCUUUUUAAUCAAUUAUUACUGUUUUUCUGUCAGAAAUGUAAUUGUGCGGUUGGAAAGUUAUAAUCAUGUAUAUUAUCAUUAGUAUUGUGGUUGGCCUUUUCGUAAGCAAAUUGCUUAAAAUGAAAAUGAGACUCUACAUAUGUUGAAAUUUUAUACGUUUGAUACAUAUAUAAAUUUGGAGAAUAUUUUUCACAAACCUAUAUAUGUUGCAAAUAAAUAACUUUGCAAUAUUAAAUGCAUGAACAUGUUCCUCAUUUGUAGACACGACUACGGAAGCAUGGAGAGGACAUAGUCGAUUUAUUUUAAUAAUCUGUGGGAACAACUUAUUUGUCGAAGUAUUUUUUAUUAAUCUGUGGGAACAACAUGUUUUGUGAGAAAAAUCUUUUUUUAUUCUGUGGGAACAACAUAUUUUGUGAGGAAAAUCUUUUUUUAUUCUGUGGGAACAACAUAUUUUGUGAGAAAAAUCUUUUUUUAUUCUGUGGGAACAACAUAUUUUGUGAGGAAAAUCUUUUUUUAUUCUGUGGGAACAACAUAUUUUGUGAGAAAAAUCUUUUUUUAUGAUAUUGUAAAAUGAUAAACAAAAUGAGAGAAAUUGUUUAUAAUUGUGUAUAAACUGAAUAAUCGAAUGUGCUACCGCUCUAAUCCAGCCGUUUCAAACAUUACUCAUGUUUAACGUUAAGAUAAUAUACCAUAUUUUAUCUAUGAAGCGUAUAUUUUAUUUUGUUAGAGCUUUGCCGAUUUGUUUGUGACCUUUGUAUGGAUGUAUGAUUUAAUAAAUUUCCAUAAAACUG